UUAUCAUAUUUCGUAUAUAAAUGACGUGUACAUUGCAAUUUUUAUUCAGUGUUCUUUUAAACAGAAGUUUGAAAGGGUUACACGUGAACAUGGAGGUGGACCUCGAGAAGGAACAUGAAGACCAUUUUUCCAGUGGCAGUUACGACCGAUCGUACGACCACAGUUUUGACCGUUCCGCUGACCAACACAGCUACAGACAUUCAAAGAGUUACAGCGUUAGCUUUGCGGUGAAUGAAAAGUCAUUGCUUCUUUCAAGUCAGAAACCAACUAAAUCAGACUACAAAAGUCAAGAAAAGAAUGAGAAAUUUAUUAAUGUUAGUGUCUACAAACGCGAGAAUCGCGGAACGUCAAUAACACAGUCCAUAGCAUAUUUAUCCCAUCUCAGUAGAAGUACUUACUUUGGUUUUGACAGCACUGCUUAUUCAGUUGCCAAAGAAAAAGAAGAAAUCUGGCAUUCAAAAACCUUGUCACUUAUCGACCAACCAUCACUAGAUCGUAAAACACCGAGUGCGAUAUACUUUUUUACAAUAUUAAACAUGGUCACAGGUUUAACGAUCUUCCCCAUGCCUUAUUACAUCUCUCGCUGCGGUAUCCCAAUGAUUCUUGUUUGCAUCGCAACAGGUGGUCUGUGUGUAUACACUACUAUUUUAAUCAACAGAUGCCAGUAUCAACAAUCGAAAGAUGGAAGCCGGAAACGAAUUUACACGAGUUACGUCGACUUAGGGAAGGCCACAAUUAGUUGGAAUGGUGAUAAAAUCAUGCAGAUUGUUGUGGGUAGUAAUGUUCUUGUCAAUAUCUAUCUUCUCAUAUUCUGUGCCCGCGUCACUGUUGAUUUGUUUCAAAGUGUUUUAAACCUUGACAUACGUAUUUGGAUGGCAAUAUGGAUGGGAAUCGUUUACCCGAUGUUUUUGAUACGCAAAAUGUCGAUUAUUGCCUGGUUUGGCUUCUUUGGGCUUCUGUUUUAUACAACUGCCUUCGGCAUAUCAAUCGCUGAAUUAAUUUUAGAAUUCAAAAACUUUGUGCCAGCCAACUUGUCUCCUAAAUUUGCUGUAAACGAUUUCUUUAUUGGAUAUGGGAUCGUAUUAAAUUCAUUCAGCUACCAUCUCGCGUUGCCUUCCCUGGAAGCCAGUAUGAAAUAUCCAACACAAUUUAACGUCCUUUCGUCAUCUGCGCUUGUCUUAAAUACUAUUUUAAAAGUGGCUUAUGGUGUAUUGGGUGCUUCUGUAUAUGGACUGGCAACACAGCCAUCAAUUCUCAGCAACUUCCAAGCAUCUGCUUUGAUCAUUGUUAUGAAUGCAAUGAUAGCUUUUAGCAUGUAUUCCUUUUUCCUGCCGUCUGCCUUCGUUGUGUUUGAUAUGAUGGACAGCGUAUUUUUGACUAAAUUUUCAACCAAAGGGAAAUGUCAUGAAUACGCGUGGCUGCUAAUGUCGAGGCUUCUUGUGGCUAUUUUUCUUCUAUUCGCCGCAGUUGUCAUUCCAAAGUUUGAAUUGGUAACAAGCUUUGUUGGUCAAAUUCGAGGCAGUGUCACAUCAAUUGUUUUGCCUAUAUACUUUUACUUAAAGCUAAAGAAAAGACACAUAACUACUUUUAGCAUUCUCGUGCAUUUGUUCUUGGUUAUCAUUGCAUGUCUACUGGCCGGUGUUGGAACUGUAUACAGUGUAAUUGGAAUGUUUAGCUAAAAAAAAAAAAGGUCAAAAACUUGUCGAUGUACUCUAAAGUACAAUGUUACCUUAUUUUAUCGCUAACAUAUGAUGUUUCAAGUUAUAACCAUUUAAAAAGAAA